UAUAUUUAAUGAUGCUCAAAAAUGGAAGCCGGUUAGUAUUGUAUUGACUAAUAUUGACUUAAAUCUCCUUUAGGCUCAUAAAAAUAUAAUGUUAUAACCUUCGCUCUAAUUAGUGUUCUGAAAUAAUUCUGCAAAUUCUAUUCCUUCUUGUAAUUUUAUAUUAUUAAAUGACUAUUUCCUAUAUUUAAACUUAUAAUUUGCACUAAACUGCAGUAGUUUGUAUAUUUAACUGCAGAUGGAAACAGAAGUUUUCAGUUAACAGGUGCAAUUUUAUGAUCAGAUAAAAUGUUGAAGAUGAAAACCCCACUGCAAGUAAAAAGUGUUUCAUUAUUUCGAAGUUGAAGAUGAAUGUUUUAAUUAAUGAGGCCUAGUCGUGGAAUCUUAGGUAAGAAGUUUAAAAAGUUUGGUGCUGCACAAUAAAUAGAUUUUUAAUUCAAAUCUAAUUGAAAACAUUGGAGGACAUGACAAGACAGAAAAUAGCUAAGAACUAAUGACACUUGUAAUUGUGAAUUGAACAGAGACCUUGUUGGCAUGCACAUAAUUUGCACAUUAUAGCAAACAAAAUCAAAUCAUGACCAAAUUCUGAUUAAUAUUGGAAAACUCUCGUGCGUGCUAACACAGUCAGUGCCUGCUUAAUUAAUGCCACUUUUAUUUAUAACACAAAUGGCUCUCGACCAUAUAUAAAUAAGACUGUGCGUGCAAGAUUCCUGUGACUUCACUUUUGCGAUCAGUUACAGACGGAUGUGGUGUGUAUUUAUCUAAAGAUUUUAUACUUGUAUGCAUUGUAUAUUUUUAACCUAGUGGUUUGAUAUGGAGAUUAGUAAAAUGUCACCGCAAGUCUUCUGUUCUCUGGACAUCAACCAGUCUUCAAGGAAGCACAAACAUAAGAAAAAACAAAUAUAAACUUCAUAUUCAGUUAUGCAUACGUGAUUUAUUCGCAUUUAAAGCACACAGAAUUCUUUAAAUUAAAUUAAAAGAAGCUUUUCCAACAAUGAAAAUUUACUAACAAUUUACUGCCAUUCAAGUGUUUGCUUCUUCAUCCGAUUUGGAUAAAUGUAGCAUUCCUUCACUUGCUCACCAACGGAUGCUGCAGUGAAUGGGUGCCGUCAGAAUGAGAGUCCAAACAUCACAAUAAUCCACAAGUAAUCCACACCACUCCAAUCCAUCAAUUAAUAAAGUGAAGUGGAAAGAUGUGCGCUUGUAAGAAACAAAUCCAUCAAGAUGUUUUAACUACUGUAUAAACCAUUAACCAUAAACCAUAACCGUCACUGUAUAAACGACUAUUACACUGGAGAAAAAAUAUUAUGGAUAGAGGACUCAGAAUUUAGAUGGAAGCAAGGGUUAACAAGACGUUAUUUGAUGGACUACAGUGGUGUAAAUUACUUGUGGUGUUUUUAUCAGCUGUUUGGACUCUCAUUCUGACGGCACCCAUUCACUGCAGAGGAUCCAUUGGUGAGCAAGUGAUGGAGUUCUAAAAAAACUCAUCUACAUCUUGGAUAGCCUGAGGCUGAGUUCAUUUCUCAGCAAAUCUUCAUUUUUGGGUGAACUAUUCCUUUAAAGGAGACUGUGACUUCAUAUCAUACCAUUAUUCACUAUAUGAAACUGUUGAUGGCAGCAAAUCUCUGCCAGUAUGCGUUCACCACAGCACACAUUCACAGAAACAGUGACCUUUCUCAACAUGUGUGAACGAAGAAUUGUGGGCAAGCUGACAACACAUGAUAAAACAAGAAUAAGGCAACCAUAAUGUACAUUUACAUUUGAUUGGAUUGAAAGACGCACAGUGCAGUAUACCACGUACAACAACACUGUCAUUAUGGACUGUCAUUACAUCUGACAGUACUAAUGUAGAUUUCUAUGCAAACUUUUACACUGAAAAACUCUUUUUAUCCUCCUUCAGUUUAUAGCUAACAAAUGUAUGAGACAAAAAAUGUCAGGUUGAGAGAAUAGCUUGUGGUUAAACACCGGAAGUCUCUCGGCUUAAAGAGAAAGAUGACAUUUCCUGAAACUUCCUUGAACCCUCUCAGGCCUUUAGACACUAGCUGUAGCUAUAAGAGGACACUGGCAUAAUUCCUUAGUCAGCAGUAUGAACUGAACUUACUUCCUAUUUCUGAUGUGCCUUUGAGUUAUUGUUUUUUUUUUUAUCUGCGGUGUAGUUUGACUCGUCUACAUUUGUUAUGAUAUCCACAGCAUCUUACAUGGUAUUCAGUGCAUCCUGAUGGGUCAGUUUUUUUUUUCUAAAAAAGUGCAUAACGGACAUAAUGAAAUGAGUGAGGAAAAACCUAUUCAGAGAAAUCAGCCGAACAAUUUGAGAGACUAAACAACGAAUGACGGAAAAAGCAUUCAACUCUUUUAUAGUGACAUUCAAACCAGUAUGUAAUCACGUGCCCUCAAGCCAUUAGUUUAACAAUACAGAAGUGGCAUUUUAAUCUUUCUGAAGAUGACAGAAAACCUGUAUGAGACGAAUCAGUUCACCAACCACACCAACGGGACCUAUUUGUUCCAGCACAGCCCAAGUACACUGGGUGCACCUCACUAUGGUGUACCAAACAUAAACUCGAUCCAAUCUCCAAUGUCUCCUCGACUCAACCACGAGCAGCUAACAUCUCCUGGCACUCCAGGACAUGAACUUUCUCCAAUGCUUGAGAUGCCAAACAGUGGCGGGAUUUGGGAAUAUAAUCAGUUUGGAAGGACAUCAUCAUGGGGAUCUUCUCCUCACGAAGAACUACCCGAGACGUCUCGAAUCUAUCCGUUUAACAUCACGUGUCAGAACAACUCAUCAAUGAGCUGCAAAGACAACGGCAGUGUUUCUCAUCCUCAAAGGCUGGACUCGUUCUCAAAGGCCUUCCCUACAAAAAACAUUGAACUUCUCUUUGGCGAUAGCAACAGGACAAAUGAUAAGCACCCAGAAAAUCACAUUUCAGGGGUUUUGCACAUGCCUCAAAGUCUCCCAGAAGGAUCAGACAGGCACCCUUUAGAGUCUCCAGUUUUUAACACAAUGGUCAUUCAAGGUCAAUGCGAUCAGACCGGCUUCCAUCCAUCAGAAAGCCAAAACUCAAUGCCCGGCCUUUACCAAAACCAUCAACAGUUCCACUAUGGAUACCAGCAACACAAACAGAAAUUAAACAACAUGGAGCAGGUAAACAGGAGUCUCCAAAAACCGCAGAGCUCUUGGCAUGGCUAUCAAAGCCACCCAAUGCCAUAUCCGAUGGCCUUGAAUGAACAACAAAGAGGGAUUUAUGCACACAAAACUCAUCUGGACUCUCAUGAACCUGCUCAAUCGCCAACCUAUGACCACCGUCAAGACUUCAAAGUCCCAGAGCAGCAGAUCUUCCAUUACCAAGACCAACAACAUCUUCAUUCGCUUUCCCAACCCGGCAAUCCAUACCUUGCGCAAGAUCACGUGCAAUCAUUCCCUGCAAAGCAAAACAACAUGUUUAGCGAUGCUCAUCACUCGGCACCCAACACACCCGUGUUCUCGAAGACCAAAGAAGAUCAAUCUGGUUUCAACUUCCCUCACCGAAGUGAAGACCUCUGCAGUCCGCUCUACCAAAACAAGAGCUCGGGGGUCUGUAAAACUCUUCCACAGAUGACUAUGAGGGGAGAUAUUUAUCAUCAUCUCACAGCACAUGCUCCUCAGUGGUCACAGGCACCUUCACCAGAUAUUCAAGAUGAGGCCAUUUCACCUCAUUUCAGAGCAGAACCUGGGUUGUCGAGAGAGGACGGAUCUCAUGCAAAGAUGAGAUGCACUGUUUGUCAAAGGGAGUUCAAAAGUCUCCCGGCUCUGAACGGUCACAUGCGCUCACAUGGAGGUCUGCGGACACAGCCCACAUCCCUCAAAAUGCAGAGAGACGGGCACAUUCAUCUGUCUGAGGCUGCUCAAAGCAACCCCAUCAUCUUACCUGUGUCAAUACCUGUCAAGGACUACCAGAUCCCAACCAAGCUCACGCUCAGCCUUCUGUGCCAGCAGAAAGAUGAGGAACAAAGCGGUUUAAUUAAGUCUGGUGCACAGUCACCCCUACUGUCGGCACGAAACCACCCUUCCUGUAUAAAGAGAUCUGUCUCGGAGGGAGAAUGUGCACCAAAGCAGGUGAAAAAGAGGUACCGCCACUGUCUGGUCCCAUUGAUGAUUCCUCCGCCCAGCUCUGGUCAGGAGUCCAGAGGCGCCGUGCUCUUCCGCAGUCAGCUCAGGACGGCGAGCAGCAUGGGGGACGAUGUGCCUUACACCCCUCCGCCCAUGCUCAGCCCCGUACGCCCGGGAUCAGGCCUCUUCAGCGCCAUCAGUGGAAGAGGCAAGAGCAGCGGGGUCGAGUCUGCUGCAGAUGGGGCUGGUGAUAUGGAUGACUGUGGUGAGACUGCAAGAGAGAAAGUGGUUAAUGUGACACCUCGGAUAAAUGUUGGCGAGGAAUUUCAAGUAAAGAUCCCAGACAUUAAGAGUAAAGUCCUCACAGCAGAAGAUACCCAUAAUGCUGUUCUUCUGUGGCUGCCUACCCAAGACCUGGAAACCCCUGAUAACCAGCAGAAAGUGGAAGAUCUUUUGAAAAUGGCUUGCUCUAGUGUGCUACCAGGCGGCGGAGCAAACACAGAAUAUGUCCUGCACUGUCUUUUUGAGUGCAGAGGAAAUAUCAUGAAUACCCUUGAAAAGCUUCUCCUGCCAAUGCCGCUGAGGAACACAUCCAGCCCCAAAACAGACUAUCAUUACGCAGGAUCAGACAGAUGGACGCUUCAGGAAAAACGCCAGCUGAACAAAGCACUUUUAAAUCAUCACAAAGAUUUCUAUCUUGUCCAGAAAAUGGUCAAGACAAAGUCAGUGUCUCAGUGUGUUGAAUACUAUUACACAUGGAAAAAGCGUUUGCGCUUGGGUACAAGAGUCAGUACGGCUCUGUCUACACCUGUUCCAGACCAGCGGGGAGACUGGCUGAUAAACAACACAGCAGAACCAAAUAAAGAAGCCAACAGCAAAACCAGGGAGCCUGAAAUAUCAGAAAACUCCAGUGCCGUGUUUGUCUGUGAAGUGUCAAACUCUAUGAAUGAAGAAACGUGGACCCAGACCAAUUUCCGGCUGCUCUGUAGCUCUCCAGCUGAAAACAGAGCGUCUACGCUGACCCUGCCUGUGGGUUCGGCUUCUGUGAGAAGUUCUCCCUCCAGCACCACCAGUGGAGAUACUGAUUCAGCCGUCGUGUUUCCCUGCAACGAGUGUGGAAAGGUGUUUUUGAAGGUGAAAAGUCGAAAUGCCCAUAUGAAGACACACCGGCAGCAGGAGGACACACAGUUAUGGCACUUCCCCAGGGUUCCUGAGCAAGAUCGCUUGAUGGUGACACCUGAAUGUCCUAUUACACCACUAAAACCACACAUAAGCCUUCAUUCUUUAACAUGUGACAGAACUGCGGAGGUGAAAGCAUCCAUAAAUGACAUGUGCAGUGAGUCGGAAAUCGACUGUCCUCUGAAGACACUUCCUGUCCUACAGAGUCCACUGGACUAUAUUCCAAGUUAGAAGACGAAUAAGUAAAUUCUUCGUAGACUAUAAUUGUCUCCUUCAUGUAAAUGGCACAGAUUUAUGUAUAUUAAAACUCAGGUCAAGGCACAAUUUGUGUAAAAAGUAUGUAAUGGUCUUUGUUUUAUCAGCAUCUGACAUCCUUUUGUGUGUUAUCUGCACUGUAAAAAAAAAAAGUUGAGGCAACUUAAAAUUUUAAGGCAACCAGCUUCAGCAGAUUUUUGAGUUUUCUCAACUUGUCGUUUUAAGUUUAUACAAUUAAAAUUUGAGAAUCUCCCACAAAAAUAAGUUGAGCAAACUCAAAAAUCUGCUGAAGCUGGUAAAACAAUUUUUUUUAAGUUCGCUCAACUUUUUUUUUUUUUUUAGUGUGGUUUUGUAUCAUGUGUAAUAAACCACCUGGUUUGUCAGUGAUUAUCACACACUCACAUUCACAACAGAUUAAAUUCACAACGCAGUCGACUUUACAAAACCUCUACUCUAGUGACUCUACCCAGCUAAUUACAUGUUCUGAAUGUUAUGAAAUGUUACUUCUGAAUGUUCAUUAA